AUGGGACGACCACCUGGAUCCGGAAUGGACGGUCCGGUCUACACCGACUACGACCCCGCCAUCAUGGAAAAACUCAACCUGCACGUGGACAUUGAAAACGGCACUCUCACGAACGGACCCCAGUGCUGGCUCAGUUUCGGGGACCACAUCCCCACCUUUGUGCACAUUGAGUAUCUGGACACAUAUGCCAUCAAUGGAACCACCUGCGACUCUCCCUACUACUCGAUGGGAAACAAGGGCUACCUGGGCGUCAUGCUGAGCGUGGGAAUCGCCGCUGCCACACUUGUCACCUUCUUCAACCUGAGAAAGCAUGGAAUGAACUUCAUGCACGAGCCCAAGGCCGAGGAGCUCAUGAGCCAGGGCGGACGGCCUAGCAAAACCAAAACGGCCGAACCUGGCUGGAUUCGAGGCCGAAGACUGCCCUGGUUCCUGCUCCUGGUCCUGGGACUCAUGCUGAUCCUCACCGGCUUCUUUGCUGUUGAUAUUGACCGAAACUACAUCCAGGGCACUGCUGCGGGUAUGUACGGCGUGUUUCUGUCUGUCUGCCCUGUUCUGGGACUCAUGGUCUCGUGGGAGUUCAUUCGAAGAUGGGGUUUCUUCGAAGAACGAAAACUGCUGGAACAAGACCCCUAUGCAAUUGACCAGACAGACCUCAAAUCCAAGGCCCGAAUCAUCCCUCCCAUCGUCUUCUACGUGAGCUGCUUCUUCGCAAUGUUCAUGAUGGUGCUGCGGAACUGGAGCAAGCAUCUGGAUUACAACACGUUCUUUGAUCUGGAUGUUCGGUGGGUCAUUGGCGGCAUCUGCGAGGUGUUUGCCUUCAUCCAGCUAGUAAACUCGCUCAGAGUCACUAUCACGUACUACCAGGUGCCCCAGGUGCCUCUAGUUCUUCCCUUCAUGGUGUUCAUGAAUCUGCUGACGGAAAUCUACCAGGUGACCGUCAUGGUGGUCAACGACAAGACCGUCUCCCCUUUCUACCCGUCUUCCAGCGUCGUUUUGCCUGUAUUUCUCGUCUACCUGCCUCUUUGGGCCAUCACCAUUGCUGGUAACCUCUCUGGUCUGGCUAGAGACAACGAGGACCAGGUGAUUUUGCGUCUGCGAGCUCUCCGUUGGAAGAUUAAGCAGGAGAACGCCGAGCGAGCUCGAUCUCAAGGAGAACAGGAACAGGAGGCUGCCCAGAUAGCCGAGCGACGAGAAACCGACGCUACCUUCAACGAGCAGUACCCUCACUUUGAGGACUCUGACGCUGAGGCCGACGAAGAGGGAUCCGACCCCAACGCUUCUGGAGGAGGACGACAGACUUCGCGGUACCAGAAACUGGGCAACGAGGGAGGCAAUCGAGCUGGUCUGUUCAAACGUCUGUUUGGCGAAUAUAGACCCACAAACACCUGGUUUGGGCAUAACAUGGCCUACGUGCCUCUGUCACGAACCAAAAAUCAGCUGUUUGACGAAGAAGAUUUCCCUGCCAUCACUCUGCAGAAGACCCGGGUUCGAUCUGAGGUGAACGAAGACCCUGAUGAAAUGGAGGGUGGGUUUGACAACUACCACAAGCCGUCUCUGUUCUCCUUCUUGUCCAACUCGUUCCGGCCCAUUCCGUCCAAAGGUCGGCGAGACCUCAACGACCUGGAGAUGCAGGAUCUCGGCACUCCCAAGAGCAUCAAGCAACAGAAGCUGUAUGGAGGUAGACGUGGUUCUCGGCCUUGA